AUGUCGUCGUGUGCACCGUAUUCAUACCGUUAUACCAACCGUUCACAGUAUCUGUUUGAAUUCGAAGGAGUUCCAUUCAACUUUGUUCUCAACGGCAUUAUUUUCGUAGUUUGCGUUGGACUUUAUCUCAUUUUCCGAAAAAUUAUUGAAAGAGAAUUUGUUCCCAAAAGAAAUUUACGUGAUGAUGCAAAAACAAGCGGUGCGUCCAAGUGUCCGAAUUUAGUGCCUUAUUUUUUGAGAAUAAGUUCUCCGGAGUUUGCAAGACGAGCAGGUCUUGAUGCUGUUGCUUAUAUCUUGGUGAUGCGUUUUCGCGUAUUUCAGCUGUUUGCACUUACGCCUAUAUUUGUGCUGUGCUCUCCUUUAUUCUUUAUGGCUCAGGAGUCAGAAAAUACAUUCAGACGUCUAUCAAUAGCUAAUCUUGGAUUGACAGAUACUGGAACUGGUUGGCAAUUAUACGCUAUCGUUACUGUAUCAGUUACACUAUAUUUUAUAGUAACUGGAUUCUGUUUCACUGAAGCCUAUAUAUGGCCGAGAAAGUCUAAAUUUGUAAGAGUUGGAAGACAUUUCCUGUUGAUGAGAAUAAUGAAUACCGUGGUCAGUCAACUUUGGUGA